UCCAAAAUGUCAAACCGUAAAUCAUGAAUAAAACUUUCACAGUACUUAAAGAUACGAAUAUGUCUUUCAAAACCGUAUCUCAGUCAACAACGGGUGAGGUCCGCGAUGGGUACACGGAACAGCAACAGCAGCAGUAUACGAAGUAUCUGAAGCAACUACUAAUAGAAUUUCAGGAACGUUGGUGUAAAACAUGGAAUUCCACUGUGAGCUUUAGUAAUCUUGAACAUAUUCGUACUCUCGGGACAGGAGCGUUUGGCAGAGUAAUUUUAGUACGGCAUUCCAAUUCCAGCAAAUAUUACGCUAUGAAAGUGUUGGAAAAGGAAAGAAUAAUAAAAAUGAAACAAGUCGAUCACACCUUAUAUGAAAAACGUAUUCUUGAAGCAAUAAGGUUUCCCUUCACAGUGUCUAUGGAGACAAGUUUUAAAGAUAACAGUUAUAUUUAUUUCGUAAUGCCCUUCGUACCAGGCGGAGAAAUGUUUACUCACCUCAGAAAAAUGAGCAAAUUCGAAGAACCCCUUGCAAAAUUUUACGCAUGCCAAGUUGUUUUGGCACUUGAAUAUUUGCAUUUCUGCAAAUUAGUUUACCGCGACUUAAAACCCGAAAAUAUUAUGAUCGAUAGAAAUGGCUAUCUUAAAAUAACUGAUUUUGGUUUUUGCAAGGUUUUGCAAGGCAGAACGUGGACACUAUGUGGUACACCUGAAUAUUUGGCCCCCGAGUUGAUUCUGAGCAAAGGUUAUGGCUUUUCUGUUGACUGGUGGUCCUUUGGAGUUCUUUUGUUUGAAAUGAAUGCUGGCUAUCCACCUUUCUACGCAAAUGAACCAAUGAAGACAUAUGAAAAAAUUGUAGCUGGUAAAUAUAGAUGCCCUUCAAGCUUCAACACUGAUUUACGAGAUCUUAUUAGGAAUACUUUACAAGUCGAUAUAAGUAAACGAUUUGGUGUAAUGAAAAAUGGUGUAAUGGAUUUUAAAAACCAUAGAUGGUUCAGAGGUAUUGAAUGGGAGGCUAUCUUGAACUGUCGCUGGCCGGCGCCCUAUGUUCCUAAAUGUAAGCAUCCUGGCGAUUCAACAAAUUUUGAUAACUACGACGAUGAGCCACUGCGACCAGGCUCGUUCUGUCGAUUUGAAUCAGAAUUUUUAGAUUUCUAAUUCUGCGAAAUGUUAAGCUACAAUCUUCAUAUAUAAACUAGAACACACCUUACAAUUGUUGUGUUUACUCAAAUAUAUUGAUGUCAGUGUUAUUAAAAUAAAUAUUCUUAACACAGU